AUGCAGACGCGGGACAGCCCGGCCGGGAGUGAGGAGGCGGGAGGGAUGCGAGCGGGCGGCGGCGGGAUUUGGUCAUCUUGGGGCGGGGCCUGGAGCUGGAUCUGGGAACCAGGAGCUGGGAACCAUGAAACGGGGUGGGUCGCGGGUGCCCUGAGCACUGUGGACCUUGCCCGCGUGGGCACAUGUGUCCUGAAGCAUGUGGUGACCGGGGAGGCCGUGGCGCUGUGGAGCCUGUGGCGGGAGCACGUGUGGGUGGCCGGGCUGUGGCACUUCAGGUGCGGGUUGUGCCACUGGAUCGCCUGGGACCUCAGUGGCCUCGUGGGGUUCCUGGAGCAGCACGGUGUCCUGGUGGGCUUGGGGCCAGAGGCCCUGGGUCUGCAGGAGUUCCUGAAGGGCAGCUACUUUGCGGGAGAGCUCUACCUGGAUGAGAGCAAGCAGCUUUAUAAGGAGCUGGGCUUCAAGCGGUACAGCAGCCUGAGCAUCCUCCCUGCGGCCCUGGGGAAGCCCGUGCGCGAUGUGGCUGCCCAGGCCAAAGCUAUCGGCAUCCAGGGGAACCUGUGGGACCUGCUGCAGAGUGGAGGGCUGCUGGUGGUCUGUAAAGGUAGGUUAAGGGAGGAAGUGCUGCUGCCUUUCGUCCGGAAGUCUGCAGGCGACUACGUUCCCCGGGAGCGUAUCUUGCAGGUCCUGGGCAUGUCUGCAGAGGUGUGUGCCAGCGGCCACCUAAGUGUGACAAAGGGUUGUGAGGGGGGUGAAGGCCCUGGCCUCCAGGAUCUGGGAGGUGUCUGCUGCCCUGGGUGAGCAGGCAGUCAGCCUGGAAGAGCUGUUCUGGCGCCGCUGGGCCGGGCUGCUGAACUUCUCCUCUGCGGACAGCAACGAGCCUUAGACCUACAGUUCCUGGGCGAGCUCCGAGCCCUGCAGCCCCCGUGGCCCCCACCUCGCUCGCAGGGCAGCUAAACCAGCCCAACGUCAGCCUGAUGGCCAAUGUCAGCAUGACCAGAAACAUGCCAGCCGUGAGAUAAACUCCCUCCGACCAGAAACAUGCCAACCCUGCAAUAAAGCUUUCCUCACACAGCAACGUUCUGAGCCUGUGAUAAGCUCUCCCUCCCUAACCCAUUCUCUUACUUGGUCUGUAAGAGAAUGCUCCUGAGUCAGCGAGAAGGCCCACUCAGGUUCCUUCCCAAAGUAAACCUGUUUUUGACUGUGGA